AUGAGGAUACACAUCCAGAACCUGCUCCUCUCUCUGCUCACCAUCUUCUUCUUGGGGAAUCUGCUGACCAGUGUUACCUGGUACAAGACCAACAGCCAUGUGAAAUCUCACCGGCAACCUCCUCGGAAGAAAAGUGUUCCAGUGUCUUCAGAGUGUAAAAACUGCAGCAAAUUCAUCACCGACAUAGCAAAACGUUACAGUCAGCCCUGGAAGAGGCAGGAGGGGAAUUACCAGAAGUUCAGCUCUCUGCUGAGCAGCAAGUGCCAAGGGGCUAAAAAUGCCAUUGUCACCCAGAGCAACACUCCACUGGGAUCGCAGAUUGUCUACAGCGGAGACCCGAAGAGGUCCAUUAAAGUGACACCACAUUUAUUCAGUAACUUUCCAAAGGACCAUCCUCUUCCCAAUAAGAAAUGGGACACUUGCUCUGUGGUGGGGAACGGCGGGAUCCUGGCCAACAGCAAAUGUGGAAAACAAAUCGAUUCAGCUCAGUUUGUGAUCAGAUGCAACCUCGCACCUUUGGACCGUGAAUGGGAGGAACACGUUGGCAAGAAGACUAACCUUGUGACAGCAAACCCGAGCAUCCUCCAAAAGAAGUUCUCCUCUCUGGACAACCAUCGUCGUCCAUUUGUGGAGAGUCUGCGCCGCUUCAGAGACGCCAUGCUGAUCCUGCCAACUUUCUCCUUUCGCUUGAACACUUUUCUGUGUCAGCGGGCCAUCUAUGCCAUCAGAGACUUUGAUAGUCCCAUUAGACCUGUGUCUUUCAACCCCCAGUAUCUGAAGAGUCUUUCGACCUACUGGACCUCUCAGGGCCUGAAGGAAGCUCGGCUCAGCACUGGCUUUAUGAUGGUUAAUCUGGCGCUGGAACUUUGCAACAGCGUGGAUCUGUAUGGAUUCUGGCCUUUCAGUUUCCACCCUCGGGACUUCCACCACCUGACGAACCACUACUACGAUAACAUGCCGGUUCGAAAGAGAUAUCACGCCAUGCCAGCCGAGUUCGACCGCCUGCUGAAACUGCACAAUCAGGGCAUCCUCAGGAUUCACCUUGGAGAAUGUGAGCAGUGA